AUGAAGGUUCUUCUAAGUGUUAUGGGAUGUCCUCUCUUCCCUGUUCCUCCUCUCUCCAAAAUCUCUCUCCAACAGGUAUCAUCAUCAGCACAAUACAUAAUACAACAUUUCGCCGCAGCAACGGGAUGCAAGAAGCUAGCAGGUGGAAUUAAAAAUACUUUUGUGACCGGAAAAAUCACAAUGAAUAUGGUGAAUGAUCCUAAUGGCUCAGCCACGGUUGGUACUGCCUCGCAAGUAUCUCAUAAAGGAUGCUUCGUAAUGUGGCAAAUGUUACCGGAAAAAUGGCUUAUUGAGUUGGUUGGUGGCGGCCAUAAGGUUACAGCCGGAUGUGAUGGAGAAAUUGCUUGGCGGUAUACACCGUGGCUCGGUGAUCACGCUGCUAAAGGCGCCUUACGCCCUUUGCGGCGUGCUCUACAAGGGUUGGAUCCUCUAACAAUAUCAUCAGUUUUUUCUUCGGCACAAUUCGUUGGAGAGAAAGAAAUUAAUGGAAAAGAUUGUUUCAUCCUCAAGUUAUCGACGGACCAAAUUGAUUUAUCACGACGCAGCGACUCUACGGCUGAGAUGAUCAAACAUAUUGCCUUCGGUUACUUCAGCCAGAAAAGCGGCCUCUUAGUUUGCCUUGAAGACUCUUCCUUAACCAGAAUACAAAUACCGGGAACUCUACCGACAUAUUGGGAAACCUCAAUGUCGUCGCUGAUGGAAGAUUACCGAGCAAUCGAAGGUAGUGAAGUAGUGAUCGCGCAUUCAGGUAAAACAGAUGUUUUGAUAUCAAGAUUUGGAGAGACACUCAAGGGAGGAAUCUCCGUGACUCGAAUGGAAGAGAGAUGGACUAUAGACGAUGUCGCAUUCGACGUGCCUGGCCUUUCCGUCGAUUGUUUUAUCCCUCCUAAAGAUAUGAAGAUGGAUAUUCACCACCAAGACGGUCGUUAUAGCCGUUACUUCUCGCGCCUUAAUCCUCUGCACAAUCUGAAUAAGCCAUUCAUUACGCCUUCGCUCUUCUCUUCCUCUCCUGGCUCGAAUCGAGAUGGUGAAAUUCAGAAGGGUCCGCCUCCGAUUCGGGUCGGACUUACCGAAUCAGCGGGUCGGGCUGUGUUCGCAACGCGUAGAAUUGGUGCUGGUGAUCUUAUACACACGGCUAAACCUGCCGUAGCUUUCCCUUCUCUUCUUUCGUUCGACUCCGUUUGCUAUCUUUGCCUUAAGAAACUCAUGGGUUCUGAUAAAUUUGAAGAUCGUGGAGUCUCGUAUUGUAGCCAAGANUGCCAAGAGAAUGCAAAGGGUUUUCAUGAUGUUGAAACAAGAGCAGAUUGGUCAAGUUUUGUUGAUUAUUGUAGGACGCACAACUUCAAGUACCCCCUUAUGGUCAAGAGGUUGUGUUGUAUGAUAAUUUCAGGUGCUCUGCCCGUUGACUGUCUUGACAUACUACAAUCAGCUGCUUUAUCUUGUGAGAUGAUUAAAAAUAUAGAAGACGGUUAUGGUUUGCUAUGGAAUGCCUUCAGGAAGGCAAAUUUCAAGGAUGAAGAUGUUGCUUUUCUAACCAAACAAUGGUAUACGGGUAUCCUCGCCCGGAUUCGUAUCAAUGCAUUUCGUAUUGAUUUGGUUGGAGGCUCAUGUGGCGAAGAUCUUCUUUCACUGGCUGCAGCCUCUGUUGAAAGAGAAGGUGCAGUUGGCCACGCCGUUUAUUUACUGCCAUCCUUCUACAAUCAUGACUGUGAUCCGAAUGCGCACAUAUUAUGGUUGCAGAAUGCAGAUGCAAGGUUGAAGACUCUUCGCGACGUAGAGGAAGGUGAAGAGCUACGAAUAUGUUAUAUAGAUGCAAGCAUGGGAUACGAGGCUCGGCAAACAAUACUCUCUCAAGGGUUUGGCUUCUNCUGCAACUGCGCACGCUGCCAGUCCCGCGACUGA